AUAAAGUAGGAGAGCCAAGCUCCCCCAUUUCCAUUAAGAGAAAUGAGCAUUUGCCAGAUGUUUGAGGGUUUCUACAAAUAAACCCUUUCCCAGACAGAUAACAGGUCCAGCUAAGCUAACCAAGCAAACCCUCAAAAGAUCUACCUAUAGGUCUUUUUCCACACGGCAGGAUGGAUGCUGCUGCGAUUCACUAGACUGCAGGCAGCUUCCGGCCGGGUACUACACUGUGGUAUAGUGGUGUCCAUCUUUUAACUCGACGCAACGCAACAUUGCCCUGCCUUGCUUACUUGUUGGAUCGUCUCCAUCUCGCCUGCCUGUCACAGUGCAUACAGAAAAUAGGAUGAGAGGAUUUCUUGCAGCAACCCUCCUGGUGUUGAGCCUUCUUCUCAACCUGCACACAGCAGCGUCAGUGUCAGCGUGGGAAGACAAGGAUUUCUUCAGCUACUGCCCGCCGUCGAGGUGCGGCGAGCAUGGCCCCGAGAUCAGGUUCCCUUUCAAACUUGAAUCCAAAAAUACACCAUCGUCAUGUGGCGUGCCAUGCAUGAAGCUAUCAUGCUCUGGCCAAUAUACCAUCCUACAUAACAAAUACCUUGGAAGGCCAUACAAGUUGACCGCCAUAGAUUACAAGCAUGCUCUCCUGACCGCCGUCCCGCUCGCAGACGAAGACAACUACUCCUCACCGUCUCCCUGCCCACUUCUAAAAUCCAUAUCUAUCAGGCCAAACUUAAUAACAGGGCCAGGCUAUGGUUAUUACAACACAGGGUACCAGAACCCUUGCCAAACAUACGAUACCUACUAUGCAGCACUAGUAAGCUGUUCAACAGAAUUUGCCCUAGCUAGUGUCCCUGGCACUGCCACCGAUAACGAUUAUAUUGCUGGCCCCAUCUCUUGCCUUAGCAACCAAACCCACUUCUCCUAUUUGGUGGCUUAUCGUGUAACUAUGUCUCUUCUUCCGUUGGACUGCGAGGUCAUCUCAGAUGGCCCCAUUCCGAUACCAGCUUUUUAUUACUCCGGUUAUAUCCCAUCCAUGUUCACAACAAGUGCAGACAGAAUCCUCGACUAUCCUUCCGGUUAUGUCUUAUCCACGUUCAGAGAAAGUGCAGAAAGAAUCCUCAAUUCUUCUGAGACCAUGAUCUGGUGGUAUUUCUACAAGUACGAUGGCAGACAUUGUGAACAACAAGGCCGACGCUGCGCAUUCAGCUCACAAAGGAAUCAAACAUUCUGCAUGGGUAGAGGUUCACAUGUCAAAGUAAUAGCAGCUACAUCUUCGGUUGCUGCAUUUGUUAUUCUUCUGUUGAUGGUGGCCACUGCACUAUAUCUUUCACUGAGGACAAGAUAUAAUGAAGAGAUACAUCUGAAGGUAGAAAUGUUUCUCAAAACAUAUGGCACAUCGAAACCCACGAGGUACACUUUCUCCGAAGUAAAGAAGAUAGCAAGCCGGUUCAAGGUUAAAGUAGGACAAGGUGGAUUUGGAAGUGUGUACAGAGGUGAGCUACCAAACGGAGUCCCUGUGGUGGUUAAGAUGCUAGAAAACUCCAAAGGGGAGGGAGAUGAAUUCAUCAAUGAGGUUGCAACUAUCGGGAGAAUCCACCAUGCAAACAUUGUCCGCCUCCUUGGCUUUUGCUUAGAAGGAACAAGGCGGGCUCUCAUUUACGAAUACAUGCCUAACGAUUCGCUGGAGAAAUAUAUAUUUUCACAUGAUUCUGAUACUUCUCAAGAAGUCCUAGUGCCAAACAAGAUGCUAGAUAUUGCUUUAGGCAUUGCCCGAGGAAUGGAGUACUUGCAUCAAGGAUGCAACCAGCGUAUCCUCCACUUUGAUAUCAAGCCUCAUAACAUCUUGCUGGACUAUAACUUCAGUCCGAAGAUUUCAGACUUUGGCCUUGCAAAGCUGUGUGCAAGGGACCAAAGCAUCGUUACCUUGACUGCAGCAAGAGGCACGAUGGGCUAUAUUGCACCAGAGCUAUAUUCUCGGAACUUUGGAGAGAUAUCUUACAAGUCAGAUGUUUAUAGUUUCGGCAUGCUGGUGUUAGAAAUGGUUAGCGGAAGGAGGAACUCAGACCCAAGUGUUGAAAGCCAAAACAUGGUCUACUUCCCAGAAUGGAUCUAUGAACAGGUUACCGCUGGGCAGGAUUUGGCACUUGGUAGGGAAAUGACUGAAGAAGAGAAAGCAACAACGAGACAGCUGGCCAUUGUGGCACUAUGGUGCAUUCAGUGGAACCCAAAUAACCGGCCAUCAAUGACAAGUGGUGAACAUGCUAACAGGGAGGUUGCAGAAUCUACAGGUGCCGCCUAAGCAGUUUUUCUCAGCUGACAGCCAUCCUACUCUGUAAGACUUGCACAACAUGGUACCAUAAUUCAGUAGAGGAAUAUGUGAUACAUAUAAACUUAGUACACAUUUUGCAAUAAAUGCCUAGCAUUAGCAUGCAAUAUAUUCUUAUUAUGCCAAGCCACAUGAAGUGCCACUCUUCACUGUAUAAAAAUUCAAUGAGGGAAUUGGAUAUUUGUGGUUCAGUUGUCGUGGGUUA